AUGCGUAGCCUAAUUCCUUUCAGAGACAUUAACGUCCAUGCCUCUUCCUCACAUUACGCCUUCACGUCUCCUUCCUCCCCUUCGGCCCAGACGCUGGUAGUUGAACGCCCCUCUGGAGAUUUACGACUCAAUGAUGGUGCGCUGUUGGGCGCGAAAAGGGUGUCGAGUAUUGCGGGCAUACUCGGCAUGAUCAAGCUGAGAUUAGACAAGUACAUAAUAGUAAUCACAAAAGCACAGCCAAUGGGUCGCCUGAAAGGGCACAUGGUCUACAAAGUCAUCUCCACCGAAUUCCUUCCACUGCGCGAGCGCGCACUCCAUGAUCCAGAUGAAGACACCUACCUCAGCCUACUUAAAACUCUGCUGAAGACAGGACCCAUGUAUUUCUCAUACUCCUUCGACAUCACCAACAGCUUUCAACGUCAAGCCCAAUCAAAUCCCUCACAGCCAAUAUGGAAGAGAGCAGACGACCGCUUCUUCUGGAACAAGUUUAUUCAGUCAGACCUCAUAGACUUCUCGAAUGGUGCAGGAAGUGGUUCCGGACUCCGUGGAGGCCAGCAGGCUGGAGCCGACCCCUUCAUCCUUCCUGUCAUGUUCGGAAUGCUGAGAAUCACACAAACCCGCGUCAAGGCAACUCCGUUGACGUUUACACUAAUCACAAGAAGAUCCAGGUACAGAGCCGGGACUCGCUAUCUUACUCGUGGCAUUGAUGAUCAAGGGCAUGUUGCGAACUUCAAUGAGACGGAGCAGAUUGUGAUCCUGAACGACGAGACAGGAGAUCUAGGAGGCUUCGCUGGUGGUGAAGGUAUGCAGAACGGCAAAGUGGGAGGAAGUGAAGGUUAUGACACACAAGUCAUGUCUUAUGUCCAAACAAGGGGAAGCGUACCGGUCUACUGGGCAGAGGUGAAUUCGUUGAAAUACGUCCCGAAUCUUCAAAUACGCGGGGUAGAGACAGCUGUGGAGGCUGCACGGCACCACUUUAACGAGCAAAUAAGCUUGUAUGGUGACAACUACCUUGUCAACCUCGUCAACCAAAAAGGUCGUGAAGAUCGAGUCAAGAAAGCCUACGAGCAGAUGGUACGAAUUCUGGUCUCCUCGCCAGAUGAAGCAACGCAGGCAGACUACGUUACGGAGGAGAAGAUACAUGUCGUGGAGGCUAGCCAGAAGAAUCAGAAGUACGACCGACUUCAUUAUGUUUACUUCGAUUUUCACAACGAGACCAAGGGACUGAAGUGGCAUCGCGCCCAGUUACUGCUUGAUCAGUUAAAGCAGGGUCUCACUGAGGGCCAGUAUUUCCGCGGUGUGGACAUGCCGGCGGAUGCACAGGGCCGUCUGGAGGUACGAAAUCGGCAAACAGCGGUGGUUCGAACGAACUGCAUGGAUUGCUUAGACCGGACGAACGUCGUUCAAACAAUGCUCGGUCGCUGGACUUUGACGCGGCAACUGACUGACGUUGGUGCUCUGAAGCCAGGGGAGUCUGCUGAUGACGACAAGUCGUUCCAGGACUUAUUCCGAAACAUUUGGGCAGACAAUGCUGAUGUCGUGUCAAAAUCAUACUCCGGGACUGGAGCUCUUAAGACAGACUUCACGCGCACUGGCGAGAGGACAAGGGCUGGGAUGGCUCAAGAUAUGAACAACUCCAUCACUCGCUAUGUCAAAAACAACUUCGGAGACGGGCCACGUCAGGAUGCAUUUGAUCUGUUUCUAGGCGCAUAUCUGCCUUCGACGUCCAUCACUGAUACCAACCUUGUCUUCAGGGAUCGAAGACCAAUCUUGAUUCAAGCCAUACCAUAUCUGUUCGCUGCUAGCUUCUUCCUGGUCAUGGUUACUUCCCUGACAAGAACCCAACCAGAAACGACUGUUUGGCCUUUGCGUGUGUUCGCUUUGUUGUGGAUGGUCAUUGGUGGCUGGUGUGGGCAUUUCAUUUGGUCCCAUGGCAUGCUAUACGUCAAUUGGCCAAAGCUCAACACCCCUCGUUGGGCUCAAGAAGGCUAUCAAGAGACUAUGGGUAGCGUUAUGAAAGACAAAGUGAUAGGGAGCUUUGUGCCUCGUGAGCGUGGUGCAAGUAACGUCCGAUUGGGUCAUCUCGAAGAGGGCAAGAAGAGGAUACAAUAA